AUUUGUAUAUCGAUCAAGCUGUACGUUUAGUACUCGAUCAUGGCAAUCCUUUACACUACUCAUGCCAUCUGCCCUGCCCUCACUACUACUACUUUUCCCACUAAUUUCAAUGGCCAUUCUGUCACGAGAUCAUCCACCACCACCCGCCACCUUCUCCCGACUACUCCUGGGAGGAGGAGUUCAACUAGUCCUUCCGUUGUGGGAUAUUGUGUCGGUACCAGUACCCGCCCUGUCCUGACUACCAGGAGGAGCACUUAUAUGAAGCCUCAAAUUAUGAGAUACUCAACCACCAAUAUCCGUCGUCCUGUUCUCGCUAUGUGUGCCAGUUCCACAACUGGAGAAGCAGAGGAAAUCAAACGUAGCGACUUUCCUAAAGAUUUUAUCUUCGGAGUAGGAUCAGCUUCGUAUCAGAUUGAAGGCGCAGUAAAUCAAGGUGGCAGAGGCCCUAGUAUCUGGGACACUUUUACACAUGAAUUCCCUGAAAAGAUUGCAGACGGUAGUAAUGGAAACGUGGCAAUUGACUCUUUUCAUCGAUACAAGGAAGACGUGCAUAUAAUGAAGAAUCUGGGUGUUAAUGCCUACAGAUUGUCAAUUUCAUGGUCUAGAAUAUUGCCAACUGGAAAGUUAAGCGGUGGAAUCAGCCGAGAAGGAAUCGAAUACUACAAUAAUGUCAUUAACGAGCUCAUAGAGAACGGUAUAGCGCCUUACGUGACUCUCUUCCACUGGGAUCUUCCUCAAGCCUUACAUGAUGAGUACGGAGGUUUUUCAAGUGAAAAAAUUGUGGAUGAUUUUUGUGACUAUGCAAACCUAUGCUUUUGGGAAUUCGGUGAUCGGGUAAAGAAUUGGAUCACACUUAAUGAACCAUGGAGCUACGCUGUUUUUGGGCAUCAACUAUGUGCCCACCCACCGGGUGGACUUUAUCCGUGGUAUAUGCAUAGUAAAUUGAACAUGUAUGACGUCACACAUAACUUUCUUCUUGCUCAUGCAAAUGCAGCAGCUUUGUACAAGAAGAAUUAUCAGAAAGUUCAAAAGGGCAAGAUGGGGAUUGUACUCGUGACAUGCUGGUAUGAGUCUUAUGAUAAAGAUAAUGCAGGGGCUGGGGAAAGAGAAACCGAUUUCAUGUUAGGAUGGUAUAUGGAUCCAUUGAUAAAUGGGAAAUAUCCAAAUAGCGUUAUAGAGAGAGUGAAAGAUCUUCGAGUUUUCACCGAAGAUCAACAAAAGUUGCUGAAAGAAUCAUAUGAUUUCAUCGGAAUAAACUACUAUACAGCAUAUUAUGCACUCGACAAAAAUAAAUAUCAGCCACCUCCUAAUGGUUUUGACGAUGAUUAUGUGGAACCAUUUAUCUAUCAUCCGCUCUCUGAUGUUUUACUCACAAGUCGGUGGAGAGGUAAAUCAAUUGGUGAUACGGCUCAUUCAUGGAUUAAUGUCUGCCCGCGAGGGUUUGAACAAGUUUUGAUAAACAUAAAGAAUAAGUACAAUAAUCCACUCAUUUACAUUACAGAGAAUGGGCUAAUGGACAAAGAUGAAGUAAAAGGUACAACGUUACAAGACGUGUGCAAUGAUGAUACGACGAGGUUAAAGUACCUCCAAGAUCAUCUUCUUGCGCUUAAAAAAGUGAGAGAUGAUGAUAAGGUUAACAUAAUGGCAUACUUUGUUUGGUGUCUGAUGGACAAUUUCGAAUGGACUGAUGGUUAUCUUACUCGUUUCGGCCUCGUCUACGUGGAUUACAAGAAUAACUUGGGCAGAUUUCCAAAAAAUUCAGCUCUGUGGUAUAUGAAUUUUCUCAAAGGAGAGUCUGAUGAGACUCCAAAGAAAGAGCCAAGUCAUGAUCAUGGUCAUCACGACCAUGGUCACGGUCAUCACGGUCAUCACGGUCAAGGCCGCCAUUAAAGGAGCAUCAAACUCCACCGCCAAUAUUUCGACCCUCUAUCUCAUUUUUCAAUAAAAUAAAAAGUGGUUAUGCCCACUGUUUUUUAAGGAGGAAAAAAUGUGUUGGUUGGUUGAUGAUGAUACGUGUUUGUUACAUUUCUGUGUUAAAACUUGAGCUAUAGCAGUUGAAGGAAUGAGCCUAGUCAGCUUCACUAGAUCAAUUGUCAGGGUUUAUGAGUAUGAGGAGGACUACCUCCUCCUGUGUAGCCCAUUAUCAUCUUUGAAUUGGGCCAAUUAAUAAUAAGAUCAAGCUCAAGUUUAUUACUUGGUUAA